AUGUGUAUCUCAUCUAGGAUACAAGGAGGCAAUAAGCUGAAGAAUCAACAUUUUCGCCUAAACUGGGCUUGGAUCUCCUUAGAAAAGGAAUAUUAUUUAGUGAAUGAAGACUCCAAAUAUCUGGAUGUUGUUCUUAAACGAAGAGGUUACCUGGGAGAAACCUCUUUUAUAAGUAUUAGUACUAAAGAUGGUACUGCCAAGAAAGAUAGAGACUUCAGAGGAAAAGCCCAGAAACAGGUGCAGUUUAAUCCUGGCCAAACUUUAGCUACGUGGCGAGUACGGAUUUUAAGUGACGGUGAACAUGAACAGUCAGAGUCCUUUCAAAUUGUUCUUUCUGAGCCUGUAAUGGCAGUCCUUGAGUUCCCCGAUGUGGCCACUGUGGAGAUUAUUGAUCCAGGAGAUGAAUCAACUGUCUUUAUUCCUCAAGCCACCUAUACUAUUGAAGAAGUUGUUGGUGAAUUGUUUAUACCAGUCAGAAGAAGUGGAGAUGUGAGCCAGGAACUGAUGGUUAUCUGCUACACACAACAAGGAACUGCAUCUGGCACUGCCCCAAGCUCUGUACUGUCUUACUCUGACUAUAUAUCCAGACCUGAGGAUCACAACAGCAUUCUACGUUUUGACAAAGAUGAACGAGAAAAAAUGUGUCGUAUAGUCAUCAUAGAUGAUUCCUUGUAUGAAGAGGCUGAAACCUUUGAUGUUUUGCUAAGCAUGCCAAUGGGUGGAAGAAUUGGUGCAGAAUUCCCAGGAACUCGGGUUACCAUUCUACCUGACAAGGACGAUGAACCAACAUUCUACUUUGGCGAUGAUGAAUACUAUGUUGAUGAGAGCGCUGGCUAUGUCGAGGUCCGUGUCUGGAGGACAGGAACUGAUCUCUCUAAAGCUGCCUCUGUUACAGUGAGGUCUCGCAAAUCUGAACCCGUAACUGCAGAGGCUGGGGUAGAUUAUGUGGGCAUCAGUCGUAAUUUGGAUUUUGCCCCUGGAGUCAAUAUGCAGACAUUUCGCAUAGUUAUUUUGGAUGAUCUUGGACAGCCGGUGUUAGAAGGAACUGAGAAGUUUGAGCUUGUGCUAAGAAUGCCUAUGAAUGCUGCCCUCGGGGACCCAAGCAAGGCUACCAUCUUCAUUAAUGACUCAGUCUCUGAUUUGCCUAAGAUGCAGUUUAAAGAACCUGUAUAUACAGGCAAUGAAAAUGAUGGAGAGAUUUCUGCCAUGAUAUACAGGAGUGGGGAUAUCCAAUACACAUCCACUGUGAGAUGCUAUACAAGACAAGGUUCUGCUCAGGUAAUGAUGGACUUUGAAGAACGGCCUAAUACUGACAGUUCCAUCAUCACAUUCCUUCCUGGUGAGACGGAGAAGCCUUGCACACUUGUGCUUAUGGAUGAUACUUACCAUGAAGAAGAGGAAGAACUACGUCUAGUUCUUGGUACUCCAAGAAGUGAUUCUUCCUUUGGUGCCUCUGUUGGUGAACAGAAUGAGACCCUGAUAAAGAUUCGUGAUGAUGCAGACAAAGCUAUUAUUAAGUUUGGUGAGACCAAAUUUAGUGUGAGUGAACCAAAGGACAGUAGGCAAGUAGCAGUGGUAAAAAUCCCAGUGCUUCGUUUGGGAGACAGUUCCAAGGUUUCCAUUGUGAGAGUUCAUACAAAAGAUGGGUCUGCUACUUCUGGAGAAGACUAUCACCCUAUAUCAGAAGAAAUUGAAUUUAAGGAGGGAGAAACACAGCACUUCGUGGAGAUUGAAGUUCUCUUUGAUGGAGUUAGAGAGAUGAGAGAAGCCUUCACUGUGCACCUGAAGCCUGAUGAGAACAUGGUUGCAGAAAUACAGUCAGCCAAGGCCAUUGUGUACAUUGAAGAAAUGAACAGCAUGGCAGAUGUCACCUUUCCCUCAGUCCCUCAAGUCGCUUCCCUUUUGAUAUAUGAUGAUACUUCAAGAGCUAAAGACAGAACCAGUCCCAUAGCAGGCUACCCUGUCAUCUGUAUCACA